AUACUUUCUCAUCUCUUAUAGUACUUUCUUUCAACUAUGGAGUCUCAUUGGCUUCUUAUAUUGUUUUCUCUCAAUUUGAUGGUGAUGACAGCCCAUGGUGCCUUACCUGCUGAACUUUACUGGAAAAGGAAGCUUCCAGCUACCCCGGUUCCCAAAGCAAUCACAGAGCUAUUGAGAGGAGAUGUAAACACAGGGAAGAGUGUUGAUACUGAUACUCAAUUACAAGAUGAACUCGUCAUAUCUGAUCUUGGUGCUAAGGAGAUUCCAUCACAAGAGAAUGCACUACUCUUUUAUGCUUAUUAUGUUGCUAAAGAGACUCAAUCAAGAAGUUUCUUUGAGGAAUAUCAACUCCAUGCCGGCAACAAAUUCAACGUGAACUUGAAUAAGAUAAAAUCUGUUGUCCCAUUGUUGCCUCGCGAAAUCGCAGACCAUAUACCAUUCUCACUAGACAAGAUGAAUGAAAUAUUUGAGAUGCUAUCUGUGAAACUGGAAUCAAAGAAUGCUGAGAUUGUAGAGAAAACCAUUGGUGAUUGUGAAUCGCCUCCAAUGGACGGAGAGGAAAGAUACUGUGCAACGUCAUUGGAAUCCAUGGUGGAUUUCAUCACUUCCAAGCUUGGGAACAAUGUGCAUGCUAUGUCAACAGAGGUGACAAAGGAAACUAAGUUACAAAAUCUUUUAGUUAAAGAUGGAGUGGAGAAGUUAGCAGAUGAUUACAUAACUGUUUGUCAUCCUAUGGCUUACCCGUAUGUUGUGUUCUGGUGUCAUAAAUUACAAAAGACCAAUGCAUAUUUUGUUCCUCUAGAGGGAGAAGAUGGGGUUAGAGUAAAAGCAGUUGCUGUGUGCCACAAAGACACAUCAAAAUGGGAUCCAAAUCACGCGGCAUUCCAAGAUCUGAAAGUCAAGCCUGGAACGGUUCCGGUGUGUCAUUUCUUACCCGAGGGCCAUCUUCUUUGGCUUCCCAACUAGAUUACCUAAUUAAAUCUGUCCUUGUAUGCUUAAAUAAAUGGCAAGAACGAUGGAACUUAAAAUUUCAUGUGACUGGGAAACGUAUUGUUGCAAAUGUUGAAAUUGUCACAAUAUCUAGUUCAAUUUGAUAUAAUUGGGUUCUUGAAUCUUGAUUUAGGCCUUUUCC